AAGGAAGGAGGAGGAAUGCCUCCCCUCGCCAUCGCCGUCGUUAGCGGCAACUUGCCCGUCGCGAGGCGCCUGCUGCAGCUCGGGGCCAACGUCUCCACCAGAGUCGAGCUGAGAAGUUCCCUCCUGCACCUGGCCUCGGGGAUGGGGAAACCGGACAUGGCAGAGCUGCUUGUCAGCUACGGGGCAGAGCUUGAGGCCAUCAACUAUGGGGGCUGGACGCCUGCCCACUGCGCAGCCCUCCUUGGUCACUUCCGCUACGUCAAGCAGCUUGCCCAGCUCGGUGCCAACUUGAGUGCG